AUGGCAUCGUCAACAGCAAAGAAAUCGCCCUGUGUCACAUGUGGCAAAGCGGCAGGUCUCUUCACAUGUCGUGGAUGUGCAAAAGAUUUUUGUAUGCGUCACGUAAGCGAACAUCGACAGACGCUGGGUAAACAGAUGGAUGAAGUCACUCUCGAUCAUGAUCAACUCCGACAUAUGAUUACUCAAUGCACAGCGAAUUCUCACUGCCAUCCUCUUCUGAAACAAAUCGAUAAAUGGGAACAACAAUCGGUCGACAAGAUCCAUCAAGCGGCAGAAGAUGCUCGACAACAACUAUUAACUGUUGUAGGCAAGCACAUGACUUAUGUCACGGAAGCCUUGGAACAAUUCAAACAACAGCUGAGCAAGGCUCGCGAUGAUGAGGAAUAUUUCGAGACAGAUUUAGAAGAAUGGAAGAAGAAACUUGAUAGACUGAAGAAUGACUUGACUGCACUGUCAACGAUCAGCAUUCUAGAAGAUGAUAAUUUGACUCCAUUCGUUUCCAAGAUUAUUGUUACUGAAGCUAGAGCGUUAGUCGACUUCUUCGAGCGACCGACUGGUGAUAUCCAAAUGAAAGACAGUGGACAAGUCAUCGUGCACGGUCAAACGUCCGCGCAUGCAGCGGUGCGUGGCCGAGGUGAGUAUUCAUCUGGACAACAUCGAUUUCGCUUCAACAUAGAACAGUUAGGUGCAACCAAGUGGGUCUUAUUUGCGGUCGUGUCCAAAAAUGCACCCAUGCAGACAAAUUCGUACAGCACUCCAUCAACUUAUGGUUGGGCCGGACAGGACCAAGUCUAUAUCAAUGGUGUUCAGAGCAGCUAUAAAAGUGAUAUGGAAAUGAAUGACACACUCGAGUUACUAGUUGAUUGUGAUCGACAAAUGGUUCGUUUGACAAAUGAACGAACAAAAAGUGCACACGAAAUGAAUGUGGAUGUGGCCAAAUGCUCUUUUCCAUGGCAACUUAGUCUCAAUCUUCAUUAUUCUAGCGAUCGCGUUCGCAUUUUGUCUGGAUAA